AAAACGAAAUUUAAACAUCCUCAAUUCACCUUCCCUCCAUCUCUCAACCCCAACCCCUCUAUAAAUUUAUUCCGAACUUUGAUUUUUCUCCUGUGCUCUAUCAAAUCCUCCAAUCUUCUUCCCUCUUUCAGUUUCGAGUCCUUUCUUCCUUAUUCGAAAAUGCCGUCUUUGGCGAUCUCUAAUGGCGUUGCAGAGUCCCGCAAGGAGCUGGAGGAGCCCCUCCUUGCUCCAAAUCCUGACCGCUUCUGCAUGUUUCCGAUCCGCUACCCUCAGAUCUGGGAGAUGUACAAGAAAGCCGAAGCCUCUUUCUGGACAGCAGAAGAAGUUGAUCUGUCCCAAGAUCUCCGCCACUGGAAUGAAUCCCUCACCUCCGACGAACGGCAUUUCGUAACCCACGUUCUCGCUUUCUUCGCCGCUUCCGACGGAAUCGUUCUAGAGAACCUCGCUGGCCGCUUCAUGCGGGAGGUACAGCUCCCGGAGGCGCGCGCUUUCUAUGGAUUUCAGAUCGCCAUCGAAAACAUCCACUCCGAGAUGUACAGCCUGCUUCUCGAAACCUACAUCAAAGACUCCGCAGAGAAAUCGCACCUCUUCCAUGCUAUCGAGACCGUUCCCUGCGUCGCCCGCAAGGCACAGUGGGCUCUCCGCUGGAUCGACGCCUCCGAUUCUUUUGCAGAGCGAAUUCUUGCAUUUGCUUGCGUUGAGGGCAUCUUCUUCUCUGGUAGUUUCUGCGCCAUCUUCUGGCUGAAGAAGAGAGGGCUAAUGCCUGGUCUCACUUUUUCCAACGAGCUUAUUUCUCGUGAUGAGGGCCUGCACUGUGACUUUGCGUGUCUGCUGUACAGUCUGCUCAAUAAUAAGCUCUCUGAGGAUAGGGUUAGAGAGAUUGUUGCUGAUGCUGUAGAUAUAGAGAGGGAGUUUGUUUGUGACGCUCCUCUUGUGGGGAUGAACGCUGAUCUAAUGAGUCAGUACAUAGAGUUUGUUGCCGAUCGUCUUCUUGGUGCUUUAGGUUACGGUAAGAUGUACGAGGUAUCGAAUCCAUUUGACUGGAUGGAGCUUAUUUCUCUUCAAGGGAAGACAAACUUCUUCGAGAAAAGGGUCGGUGAAUACCAGAAGGCGUCGGUGAUGUCAAGCUUAAACUAUAAUGGCAUCAUUCAUGAGUUCAAACUGGAUGACGAUUUCUGAUGCCUACUUUGAUCUGUAAUCUUCUCAUUAUUAAUUUUCGUAAGUUUUUAAUGUCAUUAUAGGGGUAUGAUAUUAUGUUUGCUUUGUUGGGUGCAUCAUUUAUUAACUCAUCCAAUGAUAUAAUUAUGGUGUUUGAUCGAAUGUUCAGCUAUU